AUGGGCUGGUGUGGCAUCGACAUGUCUAUGAAUGACUACAUGGCUGCGUACCAUGAUUCAGUGCUGCUGGUUGGCAAGGUGAUGAGGGAAAUUGCUGAAAAAAAUCAGUCGGAGAUUGAGGAGAUGGAACAGAACAGGAGAGAUCGUCUGGUCAGGAAGCGAUGGUCUCACAUUCCCUCUCAUCUCAUCACACCGCUGGAGUACAAUGAACUCAAUGUCAUCUGUCUGAAGAUUGAAGAGGAAAGGAAAAACAAGAAGUUCCAGAUCCGCCGCGCGCACUACGAUAAGAAGAUUGUGAUUCUGAAGGAGCUGGAGCACUCAGAUGGGAACUUUAAGGAGAAACAGAUGAUAGAACUGAAUGCGCUCCUACAAAUCGACUAUUACAACCUUACUAAGUUUUAUGGCACGGUGGAGUUUGACGAAGGUGUGUUUGGAGUGUUUGAGUACGGAGAGAGAGGGUCACUCAGGUAUGUGCUAAAUGACAAGAUUUCGUACCCGGAGGAGACCUUCAUGGACUGGGAGUUCAAGAUCUCUGUUAUGUUCGACAUCGCCAAGGGCAUGUCCUAUCUCCACUCCAGUCACAUCCAGGUGCACGGUCGCCUCAAGUCCACCAACUGUGUAGUGGACAAUCGUAUGGUAGUGAAGAUUACAGACUUUGGCUGCAACAGCUUCCUCAGCCCCGGCAGAGACUUGUGGACGGCUCCGGAGCACCUGAGGAGAGUGGGCACCUCUCAGAAAGGAGACGUCUACAGCUUCGCCAUCAUCGCUCAUGAGAUUGUUCUCAGGAAGAGCACCUUCUACACAGAGAGAUGCUCCGACCGGACAGAGAAGCUUGAGAGGGUCAUCAUGUCCUACUUCAGACCUGAUCUGAACCUUGAGGCGGCUUCAGAGAAAGAGUUAGAGGUGUACAUGUUGAUAAAAAGCUGUUGGGAUGAGGAUCCAGAAAAAAGACCUGACUUCAAGAGAAUAGAAAACUAUUUGGGAAAAAUCAUCAGUAAAAUUCAUAACCAGGACAAUGAGAGCUACAUGGACAACAUGAUCCGGCGGCUGCAGAUGUAUUCCAGAAACCUGGAGCACCUGGUGGAGGAGAGAACGGCGCUCUACAAAGCUGAGAGAGAUCGAGCAGACUGCCUCAACUUCAUGCUGUUACCUCGUCCAGCAGUGAAAAGCCUGAAGGAGACCGGUGUGGUGGAGCCGGAGCUGUAUGAGGAAGUGACGAUAUACUUCAGUGACAUAGUGGGUUUCACCACUCUGUGCCAGUACAGCACGCCCAUGGAAGUUGUGGACAUGCUCAACGACAUCUACAAGGGCUUCGACGGCAUCGUCGACCACCAUGACGUAUACAAGGUGGAGACGAUUGGUGACGCCUACAUGGUGGCCUCGGGGCUUCCAGAGCGAAAUGGGAACAGGCACGCAGUGGAUGUCUGCCGUAUGGCGCUGGACAUCUUGGCAUUUAUUGGUACCUUCCAGCUCCGACACCUGCCUGGUAUCCCUGUGUGGAUACGCAUAGGCGUUCACUCAGGUCCGUGUGCAGCAGGUGUCGUGGGGAUAAAGAUGCCCAGAUACUGUUUAUUUGGAGACACAGUCAACACAGCAUCUCGUAUGGAGUCUACAGGACACCCCCUGCGGAUCCACGUCAGUCAGCCAACUAUAAAUAUCCUGCAGAGGACGAACUGCAAGUUUGAAUAUGAGAUCAGAGGAGAGACAUAUCUGAAGGGUAAAGGCACAGAGACGACCUACUGGCUGACAGGGGAGACGGGCCAAGACUACGACCUCCCAACUCCACCCACAACGGAGAACUUCCAGCGGCUGCAGCAGGACCUCGCCCAAAUGAUCCUGACAUGUCUGGAGAGGCGCUCACGUGGCUCUAUCCAGAGGAAGAAGACGCUCUCGAGUCAGAGCAGGGAGGAUAACGAGGACCAGGAGUCAGAAGUGGAGUCUGAGAGCGACCGUCAUCCUGAGUACCUGCAUCUGGCCACUGUGGAUAACACCCUCAGCACAUUCCUGUAG